AUGCCUCUCUGGGGCCGCUACUUGACACUGGCACUCUGCUGCCUUCCUGCAGCAACUGUCUUGUCCGAUUACUCGGGUGGACCUCGCAGCCCAAGCUCCGGCUUUGACCCUGCUAUGGUGAAACUGCUUCUGACGAUGGCUGUCUGGAUGUGGCGGUUCCUCGCCCAGCUGCCGCUGCAUUGGGAACUUUUGACCCUUUCGAGGCGCCGUUGCCUACGGCCACGCAGGCUUCUUCUUCAUCCUCAGCUUUGCCGUCCAUGGUACCUCCAGGUGUUGCUCCGGAUGCUGCGCUGGCUUUUCAGGCUUUUUCUUCAGAACGCCGCCAAGAACGGGCCCGAGAACGGGCCCUGGACAGGGAGCUAUUGCUGGAGUGCCUCCGCCGCUGCAUGGAUGAUGCUGCUGCCUCUUCGGAUCUUCAUGGUCGAGUUUCGGGCCCUUGGAAUGCCCGCGACCCUGGUUCCGCCUUCGAGUUCCGCGGUUCUUCAGCAACAAGCAACGUCCCUGCAGGAGGUGCGCGAUCGGCUGGGGCAGAUUGCUUGGUUCAACGCAGAUGCCUUGCUUGCGAUUUGUGCGCGCAUCGACUACCUCGAGCGCUUGGCUGGCGUGGCCGACUGUGAGAGGCCACGCGUUGGUGGAGGUCCUGCUGCUUCCUGA